GCCUCUGAGGAAGGCCGGGUUUUGGGGGCGUCUUGCGCUCGCUGAGGGGGCACCUCGGGAACAAUGGCGGAAGGAGAUAAUCGCAGCACUAACCUGCUGGCUGCAGAGACUGCAAGUCUGGAAGAGCAGCUGCAAGGAUGGGGAGAAGUGAUGCUGAUGGCAGAUGAAGUCCUCCAAUGGGGAAGAGCCUGGUUUCCACCUGCCAUCAUAGGUGUGGUUUCUUUGGUGUUUCUGACUAUCUACUAUCCAGAUCCAUCCAUUCUGUCAGGUGUUUCCUGUUUUGUUAUGUUUUUGUGCUUGGCUGACAACCUUGUUCCCAUUCUAGCGCCUAGAAUUUUUGGCUCCAACAAAUGGACCACUGAGCAACAGCAGAGAUUCCAUGAAAUUUGCAGCAAUCUAGUAAAAACUCGACGCAGAGCUGUGGGCUGGUGGAAACACCUCUUUACGCUAAAGGAAGAAAAGCCUAAAAUGUACUUCAUGACCAUGAUCAUUUCUCUUGCUGCGGUUGCUUGGGUGGGACAGCAAGUCCACAACCUCCUUCUCACCUACCUGAUAGUGACUUUCUUACUCUUGCUUCCUGGACUAAACCAACAUGGAAUCAUUUCAAAGUACAUUGGAAUGGCCAAAAGAGAGAUAAACAAGCUUCUCAAACAAAAAGAAAAGAAAAAUGAAUAAUACAUCUGCUUUAUUCAGUGUGAUUAAUGGCGUAUACAUUGUCCUUGGGGACAGUGUCUGUUAUGCUGUCUGGAUACUAAAAUGUUACAGAUGUAGCUCUUUGCUGUCCCUCAUUCUGCCCUUAGUUAGUAGAAAUUCCGACUUGCCAAGUAAGGCUUUAUGCCCAGUGUCUUCAAGGGUGUGUUGUCAUCAGCUGGCCUUAUAUGGACAACUCAUUCAUCAUUACCACUUGUUUUGGUUU